AUGACCAGGUAUUUCGGAGUCCAGAAUGUAGUUCCAGUGGUGAAGUCCAGACUCCUGCCCUGUUUUCAAGAGAGUAAUGGUUUAGAAAGUUGGAUUAAGCCUCCAUCAAACCUCUUGCAUAAGAUGAAUGAUGCUGAACUGUUUUGGCGGGCUUCGUUUGCUCCUCAAAUGAAAGAUUACCCAUUUAAGAGAACUCCCAAGAUUGCCUUCAUGUUUUUGACAAUAGGACCAUUGCCACUAGCACCUCUAUGGGAGAGGUUUUUUAAGGGGCAUGAGGGGCUUUAUUCAAUUUAUCUGCAUACACAGCCAUCCUAUGAAGCAAAUUUCAAUCAGUCAUCGGUCUUUUACCAGAGGCAAAUUCCUAGUCAGGUGGCAGAGUGGGGGAGGAUGAAUAUGUGUGAUGCUGAGAAAAGACUCCUAGCUAAUGCAUUGCUUGAUCUCUCCAAUGAGUGGUUCGUUCUCCUGUCUGAGUCUUGCAUUCCUCUUCAUAACUUUAGCUUUGUUUACGACUACAUAUCAGGAUCUCAGUUCAGCUUCAUGAGUUCGUUCGAUGACCCUGGACCUUCUGGUAGAGGGCGUUAUAAUGAUCAGAUGGCUCCUGAGGUCACCAUCACAAAUUGGCGUAAAGGGUCUCAGUGGUUUGAAAUCAAUCGAAAACUGGCAGUUGACAUUGUCCAGGAUACCAUUUACUACCCAAAGUUUGAACAGUUCUGCAGACCUGCUUGUUAUGUGGAUGAACACUAUUUCCAGACCAUGCUUAGCAUCCGAUCUCCUCAUCUCUUGGCAAACAGGAGUGUUACCUUUGUGGAUUGGUCUAGGGGUGGCGCUCAUCCUGCCACAUUUGGGAAAGAUGAUAUUACAGAGCAAUUUUUCAAGAACAUUCUCGAAGAUCAAGCAUGCACUUACAAUGAUCAGCCAUCGUCGCCUUGUUUUCUCUUUGCAAGGAAGUUUGCUCCAAAUACAUUGGACCCCUUGCUAGAACAGUCAUCCAAAAUUUUCAGCUUUUGA